UUUUCAAAAAAAAAUUUUUUCUCUGAAGAAAAUUUUUUUUCAAGCAAAACCAUCCACUCGAAUACUUCAAAAAUGCGAAGCAGCUCGGCCAAACCAAUUCCACGUUCCCAACCUUUUAAUAACAACAAUAAUAAUUCUACCAUACCAAAUACUAGACAUAAUCCUUCUCAAAAUGGAAAAUUAAUUCAACAAAAUAAUAAUAAAGAUAUAAGUCGAAAUAGGAGUUCAACCUUAACUAAGCAAAAUGGUACUGGAAAUGCUUCCAACGGUGUUGCUAUUAAUCGCGCUCCGAGUAUGCCCCCAAGGAUAAUAAAUAGGCGGUAUGCCCACAUAAAGAGCAAAGUAAAUUCAAUAACGGACCAUUCCCCGACUCCCAGCGAAGUUAAAAUCUUCCAUGAACCUCUAAAAGUCGUUGCAUCCCCAAAAGUUGGUUCUCUGGUUAAUGCUGACCAUACACCCUUAGGAGGGAAUGUUCGCAUUUUGCAGAGGAAAUUGAAUUUUCGAGAGACUGCGAGGCCUAGAGUUGAUGCUAAAUCGGAGAUAAUAAUUCCGAAGAGUGAAAAAAGGAUUCCAACGGAAAAAUUAGUUUGGAAGGCUGAAGCAAAAGUUGGGUCACUUAUUAAUGCUGGACAUCAACCUGGGGGAGGGCAAAAUAAAAUAUUUAAUGAACCUGUAAAAGUAAAGGCAAACUCUAAAGUUGGUUCACUCGACAAUAUAACUCAUGUACCCGGUGGAGGAAAUGUUAAAAUUUCUGAUUAUGCCCGAUCAAUCAGUGGUACUGGAAGCAUGCGAUCUCGACGGAAUACAGGAUCUUCAGAAUUGGCAGCACAAAGCCCCUCAACAUUAAAUGCUGAUAUUGACAGUCUUGGAGGGGAUAGUAGCGAAAUAAAUAAUUAA